UUUUUACCCUAGAUAGGCUGGUUGAGUAUCAAGUGCUGUAUUCACGCAGAAACGGACGCCAUUAUUUUGUUCUUCCUUGUGCUGCGGUUACGUGGGCGUUUUAUUUUUUUACUCGCAGAAAUACGAUUAAUUCGCGAAUACUGUAACGAUGGCUAUAUUCGAAUUUCGAAGGCUUUCGUAUGACUGAAUAAUUAGCGGGUGUUUUUUUCUCUGGUUGGAUUUCACAAGUAACAGGAACGCGACGAAAGUAGAAAGAUGGCCUCUAGCGGGUCCGAUGAUGCAUCGAAAACCACCACUCCCCUUAGUGGGAGUACAAAUUUGUCCUCCACAACCUCCGCGACUGUUAUUACAUCUACCACUCCGCUUACAUCUACUAAAAUACUUCCAACGACUGAACCAUCUAAACCUAUAAGUACAACACCAGCUGAAAAUGCCGUGAUGGAAAUUCUCAAUAAGGGUCAGGAUAUAUCAGGGGUAGAAUCAAGAUGGGUUUAUAUGACUAUUGUAAUAGGAAUCACGCUGGUUGUAUUUGGAAUAUGUUUUUGCUGUAUCAGAAGAUGUUUCAGAAAGCGGAGAGCGAAAGAUGCAAAGAAAGGCAAAGGUGUUGUAGAUUUAAAAUCAGUACAAUUAUUAGGGUCAGCGUACAAAGAAAAAGUACAACCGGAUAUGGAUGAAUUAACGGAGAACGCCGAGGAUAUCGCAGAAGAAGGAGAGAAAAAAGAAGAAAUAAAAUUAGGAAGACUGCAAUAUAAAAUGGAGUACGACUUCAACGCAAACAGCUUAUCAGUGACUGUUAUUCAAGCGGAAGAUUUACCAGCUCUUGAUAUGGGUGGGACUUCCGAUCCUUACGUAAAAGUUUACCUGCUUCCAGAUAAAAAGAAGAAAUUUGAGACUAAAGUGCACAGAAAAACGUUAAACCCUGUAUUUAAUGAAACAUUCGUCUUCAAAGGUGUUCCAUACGCCGAAGCUAUGAAUAAAACGUUAGUAUUUGCAAUUUUCGAUUUCGAUCGGUUUUCAAAACACGAUCAAAUUGGCGAAGUGAAAGUACCCCUGUGUCAAGUAGAUUUAGCUCAAACUAUCGAAGAAUGGAAAGAAUUGCAAUCGGUGGAAGGUGAAGGCGGACAGGAUAAUAAGUUGGGUGAUAUUUGCUUCUCAUUGCGCUACGUACCAACCGCCGGUAAGCUGACUGUAGUCAUUCUUGAAGCGAAGAAUUUGAAGAAGAUGGACGUCGGUGGUCUUUCUGACCCUUAUGUGAAGAUAGCACUCAUGCAAAAUGGCAAACGAUUGAAAAAGAAGAAAACCAGUAUCAAGAAAUGCACACUAAAUCCCUACUAUAACGAAUCUUUCACUUUUGAAGUUCCAUUUGAACAAAUACAGAAAGUUAAUUUAAUGAUCACUGUGGUUGAUUACGAUCGUAUUGGAACAUCAGAACCGAUAGGAAAAGUUAUAUUGGGAUAUAAUGCUCAAGGUACUGAAUUACGCCAUUGGUCUGAUAUGUUAGCUUCUCCACGUAGGCCUAUUGCCCAAUGGCACACACUUAAAGAUCCAGAAGAUGAUAAGAAGGAUUAAAGUAUUACGAACUGAAAUUAUACUCAUCUACCUAAAAAAUUCGUGAAAUUUAUUGGUCUAUAAAAAAAUUCACACAAUCCACGCAUCAGCUGUGAAAUGCUUGCUGACUUGAAAUGCGCACAAAAACUAUAUAUACAUAAUAUAAAAUGUACCUAUUAAUUUACCUCUGUACAUUAUUUGUUAUACGUAUUUACCUACCUACCUACCUACCUAUUUACCUUACGUAUGCAUGUGAAUAUAAAUACCUACCUACUUUUGCAUACACGUUUUAAACGCAAAAAAAAUGUUGUAGUUUAAAUACACGUUACAUUUAUAUUAAUUUCUAUCGAUACUUAUACGCUAAAACAGCUAAAAAAAAAUCGCAGUACCUAUUUAAUACAUAGAAUGAUCUUUUACAGCUUUCACGUGAGAGCUGAUUAUUUAAAAUUAGCCUUUUUUUUGUAAUUUCCUUAUUAUUUAUUUCCUAUUGUUUUAUUUAUUUACGAUUUCGUGUUUCUUUUCUUGUUAUAUUUGUUAUUGUUUUCCUCUUCUGUGUUGUUAAUAUUUUUUUUUAAGUUGUUACGAAAAUGUUAAGAUGUUGUUAUUAUCGAUUCGCAUAUACCUACCUAUGUAUUAUACCAGGUGUAAUUUAUAUAGUUCUGAGAAGUAACCUAUUAAUUGUUAUUUCAUAACUUGAAAGAAAAAAUUCACAAUUUUCAGUCCAACUGGAUUCGUAUUGAAAGAUUUUAUUUCAUAAAGUAUGAUAUUUUCCUCCUCAUUUUCAGCAUUAAGUAUGAUUUUUAGCAGACAUAUAUUUUUAAUUUUUGUCUUUUUGUAAUAUUCUGUAGUCCUUGUUGACAAUAAAAGCGAAUGUAAAUAAAAAAAAUGUUCUGACUUGAUAUUGUAGAGGCGAGUGUUUUAUAUAGAAGAUUAUAUAUUAUAAUUUAUAAAGUGUACAUAAUUACGAAGCUUUUUGAAAAAAAAACCACCUUAUAUUUAUAACGAGUGAUUUUUAAGGCAUAUGAUGCAACAUUUUUACAUAUAUGACAUCAUGGAUACUGUAAUUAUAAAUUUUUAUUAAAACGGUAGAUGGCCGUCUAAAAUUACCAAAUAAGAUGUUGCAGUAAGUGACAUAUCUAUAUCAAUCUAUAAUAUUACGCGUUGGACGAGUUUAUGAUAUACUUAAACACGUACUUUUAUACAUAGUAUUUUAAUUUGAUUUUUUUUUCAAAUAAUUUAUAAUUUGUUUAUAUUAUUUUAAUCGUUAAUUUUUUUUGAUACUAUAAAAUAGUCGGUUAUGUAAUGUCAACCAGUGAUCAAAAAAAAAAAAAAAAAAAAAAAAUACAAGCUCCUGAGGGUGUCGUCGACGCGUUUAAAAAAGCUGGUUCGUGAUGAGAGGUUGAAAUGAGAGAAAUAAUAGUGAUAUUAAAGCAAUCAGGAUGAAAACGAAAGUAGUGUAUCAGCUUUUGCCAUUCAUUAAAAAUGAUAUAAUAAUUUUUUUUUUAUUUUAAUAUCUAUUCUUUAUGUACAUACAUUACAUAUAUACUUUAUAAAAUCGGUACCUAUGCUUUCAUUAAAAAGAAAGAAGAUUCUUACCUUUUCGUUUGGUUUAAGCACUGCGAACGGGACUCGAAGUUUCGAUGUAGCAUGUGAUUUGACUCAUUGGCUUAUUUCCUAUUAUUUUUUAUUGAUAUUUAUUUUUUUUAAGCAUUAGUUGAUCUACCUAUAUUUCUUUGUGACUAGUCGCCCCGUUACUUCUUUAUCUUUUAAUUUUUAGCUAAUUUCCUUGGACUUUACAUGUAGAUUGUUAUUCGAAAUUGGAUAAUCUAUCUUAUGAAAAAUAUAAACGAUAUGAAUGUUUAAA